GGUUUUGGGUAUCCUUCGCCAUGGUGUGACGCCGAAAAAGGGAUUAGACACCGAUAUCAGGCCGGAUGUCGAUAUCCGACUUACGCAAGCCGGGUCUCAAGAUGGGGAGCUUCUCCAGAUCCAAAUCCCGAUCGGAGUCGCACUAGGAAGUAUAGCGGACUGGCUAAAGCAUGUCAAUAUGGCGGGAAGCUAGCUGCGAAACCCGAAGAGAGGCCAAAUCGGCAAGAUCGGCGAAUUCGUGUGGUAGACAUCUUCCAGAUGAGGGGUAACAGGCCAAUCAGACCAUGUAGAUUACUAGUAGUCGUCAUAGAAGCCGAAGAUAGGGUGACGUUGGUCUUGGCUAUUAACUUUCCAGAACCCGCCCUCUCCUCUGACAGUAAGUGUCCUUUGUACGAUGAAUACUAG